AUGGACCCGGUUCACCACGGGGUGGGCUGGCCGACGAGGCAGAUCUUCCCGGUCGGGAACUUGGAGGAGGAGGGGGACCGUUGGACCUUGAGGGGGGUUUCCUUGUCCUAUGCCCAUGGCCCAGGUAAUCCAGGCUGCCCACAGUUCGGACGGAUAUACAUGGUAGUAUCGAGUAUCGACCGACCUUUGGCCGGGAUGAGCAGAGGAGCGGAACAGGGGUCAAUAGGGGUGGAGCCGCCACACAUGAAUAGAGACACAGAGGGGAGGCAGAGCGAGAGGGAAAGAGAAAAAGAGAGGAUCAGAAAGGAAAAAUCGGACUGGGACCUGGACUUGGGUUUUCGUGCCGAGCCCGCUCAGAGGCUGAGGGGGGCCCCUCUGAGCUUCCGAGCCUCGACAUGGGUGUGCUUUUUUUCCUUUUUUUUUUUUCUUGUCCCGGGAAACCCAUCUGAUCCUGGAAAAACCUCCACCAUCCCCCUUCCCGGGAUCGUCUGGCUGGCUGGUGGUGCUUUGUGUGAUCGGGCAACCCUAAGCCGCCGAGAGAAGCUUCGGGAGCUUCAACCAGGUAGACUCGCUGGGCGCCAACAGGUGACGAGAGCAUGGAACAAGGUCUGGAGCGGUUUCCUCGUGUCGUUUGGCAAGGCCGAAGGCGGCCAGCCAUUGAUGGUGCAUUGCAUAUGCGUGUUCUCUCUCGUGUCUCGUGCUAGUACGAUGUACGAUUACCCAGGCAGCAUGUGGCCUGGCUAUUAUGUCUUACAGAAAGACCCUUCUUCUUCUUCGUCUCGUGGUGUUUGUUUUUUUCUUUUCUUUUUCUUCUGCAAGUCUUCCAUGCAUGCACGUCCCCCAAAAAAGAAUUUUCGGGAAUGCUGUGUGGUGUGUGUGUGUGUGUGUGUGCGUGUGUGUGAGAUAAGGAGACUAUGCCGCCAAGCGAGUCAGUCAGGAGACGGUUUCCACAACACACCCGGCCUCUGCCCGGGAUGGGGGCACUCUGCAACUUUGAGACUCUGCGACUUUGAGAGUACUGAAUGA